GUAAGAGUGUGAUCUGCCACAUACAGGAACAUAUGAGUAAAGAGAACCUUUGAAAGGAACAAACUACUUCACAGUCUUUCUAGGUCACCAUAGCGUCUGAGCUGAAGCAGAGCUGUGUGGAAAUGGACAACCUGCAGGAGUUGAUCCCCUUUGCCAAAGAGAUGCUGAGUCAGAAACCCAACCGGGGUCUGCUGAAGGUCUACCUGGUGGGCUCUGUGAUUGCCGUGCUGGGGACGGUCAUCUGCCUGGUGGAGACCGUGUGUCACCCUUUCUGCUCUGACGAGCCGCUGGACGCUGAGAUGCUCCUCAUGUUAGCCAAGGAGAGGAGAACUGUUGAGGCCGAUGUGCAGCACAAAGUGGAGGGAAAGGAGGAGGAGGAGGAGGAGGAGAAGAAGGAGAAGAAGGAGAAGAAGGAGCAGGCUUGGGAAAAUGGUGCAACAACCCUGACUUUCUCCAAGACUCACAAAGUCAGCCAAAGGAGCAUCUCCAACAGACUGCACGCCUCCUAAAGCCAACGGGGUCGACCCCCCCGAAAGACUCCAUAUAUUUAUUAGGGAACUGCUGCUGCUACGGCACGGGGUUGUGCAACACGGUCUGAAGCUUUACAGACAGCUAAAUGCACAAUGACUGCCAUCCAAUGCUGCUUUGUCAUGAUGCCUUUAUGUGCUGUGGGGAAUGCUUUCUGUGAUGCACAAAUCACAGUGCACAUUGUUCUCCAGGUUUAAAAAAAAACAGAUGUCUUUAGAGCACUGAAAUCACUCAAACAUCAUCUAAUAUGUUAGAACUGUGUUGUUCUUUUUACUCAAAAUGUUUUUGCAGCUGCACCAAGAUCCUACAAAUGAGUCCUGAGCACACAGUCCGAUUGGAAAAUGGAAAAUUUAAAGUCUUGAACGUUGUGAAGCUGUAGACAGAUUU